AUGCCCUUACGACGCAGGCUAGUUCCAGCAUACAAGUGCGUAAUAAUCGGCCAUGAGGGAUGCGGAAAAAGUGCCUUCAUCCAGCGGCACUUGACGGGCCAGUUCGUGCAGCAGUAUAUGCCCACAUUCGGGAUCACGGUGAUCAAACUUAUAUUCCACACAACUCGCGGCCCAAUCUGCUUCGAAAUGUGGGAGGGAGGGAAGGCCGAGUACGUGCGAUCCGAGGGUCCGAAUCCAUUUUUCAAGAAGGUCCACUGCGCCAUCGUAAUGUUCGACAUCACCCUGAAGGACCCCUCCAAGAACUUUGCAGCAUUCCGCGCCAUGACUGAGAUGGUCUCGCCAGACGUGCUUAAAUACGUUUGUGUCAACAAGGCGGAUCUGAAGCAGGGCAAGCCCAACGCUCGGCGGACGAAGAUCUACCGCUGUACAAGGAUAUCUGUUAAGAAUAACAUGAACACACUGGCCAACAAUGCUGCCGGCACCCGUGAAGCCCCCUCGCCAGGAGAGACAGGCAGAAAAAGAUAA